AUGACCACUUACGCUAAAAACAUCUUCCCAAUGUGUCAGGGAGUCGCCAAAUGCGCCACGGAGCAGAAAACAGCAUUCGACAAAUAUUACUUAAAGACCGGGCAGGUCAAAUAUUUCGACAAGGCAGAUGAAGGCAAACUCGAUAAGGCACAACGCCUUGAUGAUCUCUACGGCGCUUUGACCAGCUUGUCUGAGCAGCUGCCCACGUCCAUGAGUGAAAAGGACAAAAAGGCUCUCAUUCAAAAGGGUCUCAACGAAUAUUACCGUAAGAAGGAUGCAGCAGCAGCAUAUCUUCAUCUUGGUAUGAACCGAUCGGAGAAGCCAAAGUCACCCAAGGACGCUGUCGCUUGGUUUGACGAGACCCAGAAAACACUCAAUGGCUUGAUUCACAAUCUUCAGCAAGUCCUGAACGGUUGGAAUCCCUGA